CGGACAUUAAAUAAAGUCGUAGGGAUGCUGUGUUACAGUGAAAUGGUUCCGGUGUAAUAAGUGGGUCAAAGGUUGUGCCAACAGACGGUCUGUGAGCGCGCUGCAGCGCACCAGCGGGAGUCAAACAUGUCCAAGCAGCCGCAGCCCAUCAGUCCGCUGAAGAACUUCUUCGCCGGAGGCUUCGGGGGCGUUUGUCUGGUGUUCGCCGGUCACCCGCUCGACACCAUUAAAGUGCGAUUACAAACUCAGCCCAAUCCUAAACCUGGAGAGAGUCGCUUGUAUGCUGGAACCAUUGAUUGCUUCAAAAAGACCUUAGCCAGAGAGGGUGUCAGAGGACUCUAUAAGGGCAUGGCAGCCCCAGUAAUUGGAGUUACACCCAUGUUUGCAAUCUGUUUCUUUGGGUUCGGGCUGGGCAAGAAAUUGCAACAGAAAACUCCCAAUGAUAUCCUUACGUAUCCACAGUUGUUUGCUGCAGGAAUGCUGUCAGGCGUCUUCACGACAGCCAUCAUGGCUCCAGGAGAGCGUAUCAAAUGCCUCCUACAGAUUCAGGCAUCAAGUGGGGAAGUGAAAUAUGCUGGACCCAUGGACUGUGUAAAACAGUUGUACAGACAGUCUGGGAUCAGAGGAAUCUACAAAGGCACUGCUCUGACGCUCAUGAGAGAUGUGCCGGCGAGUGGGAUGUACUUCAUGUCCUACGAGUGCUUGAAGAAUCUCCUCACCCCAGCAGGAAAGAGCCAACAUGACCUCAGUGUUCCCAGUGUGCUGCUUGCAGGAGGGCUGGCUGGAAUCUGUAACUGGGCGGUUGCGAUUCCACCCGACGUGAUCAAGUCACGUUUCCAAACAGCUCCUGAAGGAAAGUAUCCCAACGGUUUCCGAGAUGUCUUGCGGGAACUGAUCAGGGAGGAGGGCGUGGCCUCUCUGUACAAAGGCUUCAAUGCUGUCAUGCUUAGAGCUUUUCCUGCUAAUGCAGCUUGUUUCCUUGGGUUUGAAGUUGCAAUGAAGUUCCUGAACUGGUUGGCACCGAGCCUGUGACAAAGGUUCAUCACCCCCGGACAAAUGAAUCCCAGGAUAGAACUUUAUAUCUCGACAGCAGAGUUACACCGUGUUAGAGGCACACACGGGCAGACGCACACAUUCUGAUUAAUGUGGUCCUUUAAUAAACCUGCAGUCCUGUAGAGGAUGCUGAUCAGCCAGACCAGGAUUCUGCACACAAAUAAUGACACACAGUUUGAAUGUUAUUAAUUUUCUUGUUGUUUUUUUUAAAGAAUCAAACGUGAGUGGGCUGAUCUUGUUGUGCCUUACCUUUGUUAACUAGGAGCAAAUGUACAUACAGUAUCAGGGAAAAGGUGCAUUAUAGUUACUAUGUGUGUUAAGGUUUCAGCAAUACAAGCCCACCUGUUUCGUGUAUGGUCACACACUCCACUCAAAGGCCAAAUAAUACGUUCUUUUUAAUGUCAAAUUAUGAGUGUAGUGAUAACAGUUCGCUGGUGCAUUGUGUAUAUGAAUGUAGGCAUGCAUAGAAAUAAAAUGCUGAAUUCAUAUUUAGAACCUGAA